GGAUUAAAAACCGACGUCUUGAUAGCAAUUCAAUUACAUAUGGUGAAAUCAAUUGCUUCAUUAGCUGGAUUAGAUAUGCAGUCCGGACAUCAAUUUAUUGGUGUAUCGCUCAGAUGGAGAUAA